CUUUGAGACCUGCUGCUGAUACGCCGUGCAAUUCAAUUGACUGCGCGCUCACCAAUGCAUACUCAGUUUUGUGCCGCGAUCCAAACUAAGCGGUCUCGCAGAGUCGUCGUCAUCAGUUAAUAGUCUUGGCAAUAACACCUUUAUGGCUGGCGACGCGAGCGUUUAACCAUUGGGGUACUACGUUGCAUCAACACAGGCUUUCUCAGGAGGGCCUCGCUCUUCAUCCUUCACAGUCCUUACCAUGUCGCAGCUUAGGCGGUAUGCGUUCCUGCUCGUCGCGGUCGUCUUUCACCUCGUUUACAUUUUGUCAAUUUUCAACGUGUAUUUUUCGAGUCCCAUAGUCCAUGGCAUGCGCGAGCACGGUGUCGAGACUCAAGAGGCCCCAGCGAAACGGCUGGUCUUGUUUGUUGGUGACGGUCUUCGCGCCGACAAAACAUUCCAAUCUUUCCCCAACCCUGACCCCAAUGCGACCACGCCGGAUACGCCGCAGCUGCUCGCCGACUUCGCGAAGACGCCCCGGCCCCUCGCGCCUUUCCUACGCUCGAAGGUGCUCGAAAGCGGGACCUUCGGUGUCUCCCAUACUCGCGUCCCCACAGAAUCGCGCCCCGGCCACGUCGCGCUCAUCGCAGGGCUCUACGAAGAUGUCUCCGCGGUGGCUACGGGCUGGAAGCUGAACCCUGUCAACUUCGACAGCGUGUUCAAUCGCAGCAGACACACAUGGAGCUGGGGCAGCCCGGAUAUCCUGCCCAUGUUCGAGACUGGCGCGGUGCCUGGGAGGGUCGACGCAUACUGCUACGGGCAUGAGUUUGAGGAUUUCUCGAAAGAUGCCUGGAUUCUAGAUGAGUGGGUUUUCGAGCGCGUUAAGGGGCUUUUCGAGGCUGCGAAGACCAAUGCGACGUUGAACGCCGAGCUGCGCAAGGAGAAGAAUGUCUUCUUCCUGCACUUACUUGGCUUGGACACUGCAGGACAUGCGCACCGACCGUUUUCGUGGCAGUACCUCCACAACAUACAAAUUGUGGAUCGCGGAGUCAAGGAAAUCACCAGGCUGAUCGAGGAAUUCUACAAUGACGACCAGACUGCGUUCAUUUUCACAGCAGACCACGGUAUGAGCGAUUGGGGUAGUCACGGAGAUGGAAAUCCGGACAACACGCGCACUCCUUUGAUUGCCUGGGGCGCUGGCGUCGCGAAGCCGAUUAAAGCUGUGGGCACAAAGGCAGUUGGUCACGAAGACGGCUUCUCUCACGACUGGAACCUGGAUCACAUCCAACGAAACGAUGUUGACCAGGCCGAUGUUGCGGCGCUCAUGGCCUACCUUGUUGGUCUCGAGUUCCCUACCAACUCCGUUGGUGUACUGCCCCUCACCUAUCUGGACAAGGAUGACAAGGCGAAGGCGGAAGCACUCUUGGUCAACGCGAAGCAGAUACUGGAAAUGUAUGGUGUCAAAGAAGAGAUCAAGCGUGCGCAUGCGUUGUAUUACAAACCGUUCCCUGGACUCGGCGACGAACAGCACUCGAUCGAGUAUCGAGUGAUCAGGAUACAGAAAGCCAUCGAUGCCGGGCAGUUUGAAGAGGCUGUCAACCGCACGUAUGAUCUGAUUGACCUUGGUCUCGAGGGCCUGCGAUACCUGCAGACGUACGACUGGCUCUUCCUCCGUACCUUGAUUACUCUCGGCUACCUGGGCUGGAUCGCAUUCGCUAUCACCACGGUCCUGGACCUGCACGUGCUGAAUGAAGAUUCAGAAGCACAGAGAACGACACAAAGCAUCAUCACCUUUUCGUCAAUUCUGGUUAUUCUGUACUCCGUUCUCUUGAAGCAGCGGUCUCCUCUCUCGUACUACGCUUACGGCUUCUUCCCUGUCAUGUUCUGGGAAGAGGUCUACGCACGACGAUCGUCCCUCGUCAAAGGAGGCAAAGUGCUCUUUAGCCAGGUCAACAGUGCAGCCGACAAGGCUAAGCUGAUACUUGCUACGCUCAGCUCGCUAGGUCUGCUUCAAGCUCUGGUGCAAAGCUAUUUCCACAGAGAAAUCUACACUGUUUGCUAUCUGCUAGCGGCGGUAUGGCCCAUCUUCUAUGGUGGGGAGUUUCUCAAAAACAACAUUUGGACGAUUGUAACAUGGGUCAUUUCGUGCGUGAUGAUGAGCUCGUUCACGCUACUCCCAGCCAACAAGGCUGAGUAUAUCAGCUUGAUUAUGAUCGGUGGUGGGCUUAUGUUCGCUGUCGGUGCUUUCUACCUCAUUUUCGAGGAAAAGAUACUCGGCAACGCGACUGACGCCAAGUCGAAUCUCAACUCGCGUUUGAUCCUAAGCGUUCAGGUCGGCCUCGUACUUCUAUCCAUGAUCGUGACAAACAGCAGCAUUCAAUACAUCCAAGCCAAGCAGGGCCUACCCCUUGGUGUUCUUGUAGUUGGAUGGGCGACACUCGUGGGCUCGCUGAUCAUUCCAACCCUCCACGGACUGUAUCCCAAUAGCCAUUACAUCCACCGACUGGUCGUGAUGUUCUUGCAAUUCGCUCCAACUUUCAUCAUCCUCACCAUCUCCUACGAAGGCCUCUUCUACUUCGCCUUCUGCCUCUGCCUGUUCAGUUGGAUGCGCCUCGAGCACCAGGUGUACUUGCACACAGCCAGCAUUCCAGACGCCGUCCCACCGCCUCGCGAAUCCAUCGAGCCCGCCGUCGCCGCGGCGCAAGACCAUCCGCCACUCCCCAGACGCUCCACUGCAUACCGCUCCCUCACACUAGGCGACGCUCGCAUCGCACUAUUCUUCUUCUUCUUCAUCCAGUCCGCGUUCUUCAGCGCCUCAAAUAUCGCCUCCGUAUCUUCCUUCUCCCUCGACGCUGUCUACCGCCUCAUCCCCGUCUUCGACCCCUUCAGCCAAGGCGCCUUGCUCAUGCUGAAGCUCAUGGUGCCUUUCGCUGCGCUUUCUGCCAACUUCGGGCUUCUCAAUCGCCGCCUGGGCGUUGCGCCGUCCGCAUUGUUUAUGGUAGUUAUGGCAGUCAGCGAUGUUAUGACGCUGUCAUUUUUCUUCAUGGUCAAGGACGAGGGAAGCUGGUUGGAUAUCGGGACUACGAUCAGUCACUUUGUGAUUGCGAGCUUGCUCGGUGUGUUUGUUGCUGGGCUGGAGAUUUAUAGCGAGUGGUCUAUCCGGGGUGUUUCGUUUGAAGGCAGGAGGGAGGUUGCGAUGGAUGCAGGUGGUAAUGGUCACGUGGGCAAGAACGGCAAGGCGAAGUAAAAGUACGACGGAGCGAAAAAUGGGGAGAUGAGAUUAACAUGUGUAGUGUAGUCAAGAAAUAUCGAAAUGAGAGAACGGGCAACGAUGCUUUGCGGUUGCAAACGAAUCCUGCAAACGCGCACAUGCUUGGCG